ACAACUGAAUUAACCAAACUACCAUUGACAACAACAGAAAACAGAUGUACAUACGUAUGUACACAUUGUAUACAGUUGAAAUAUAAGCAACGCGAAAGCUUUUUACGCUACGCUCAAAAGCCACAAUGAAACAACGCUUCGCCACUGCCAUCGUUGUUAGUUGCCUCCAACACGAUUCCCCAAUCAGAUCGCUAUCGCCCACGAAUACGGGCACAAGCAACGGAUGUAGAACCUAGUUAAGAAAUUGUGUCGUAACUUGUAACAGUAAUUUCAAGAACAAUUUCCGUUCGUUUAAAAGUGUAAGAAAAGGUGUAAGAACAAGUGUAAAAACCGCAAACCAAAUACAUACAUACAUAUACACAAUGCAUAAUCCCGAUUUUGUACCAGCGACAAUCGGCGGCGGUCUUCUGCCGUCCACAUCAAAUGCAUCGAUCGGGGGAUUUCAAUCUCUGCAUGUACACUUCUCCACCAAACAGUUGCCACCGCAAGAGCGUAGACUGGGAGAGCUUUUUAAAGAAAAAAUCGCUGCCAAAGAGUUCUUCUACGGCAUCGAGUUGACAGCGCGUUCCUAUGGCAAACAACAAACAGUACUGGACUAUGAUAGUUUUGGCACCUUGUUGCCACUCUUCACCUCGCUGGUAUGGCUGGGGCUGGACUAUGCCAAUGUUGCGAACGUCACAGCGGUGGAUGCGGUAGGGAUGGGACGACGACUGCAAUCGCGUAUGGUGGUAAUGCCACAUUUUACUUGCUAUCGCGCCGAUUCAAAGCGACUCGACGAUUUUUUGAGCCUCAACUUCGCGAAUGUGUUGGCACUGCGAGGCGAUCAGGUGGAUGCGCAGCAGCAGUUCCAGCACGCUAAGGAAUUGGUGGAAUAUAUGCGUGGCAAGCGUGGUGACACAAUAUCUAUCGGUGUGGGCGGUUAUCCUGAAGGACAUCCGGAAUCUAAGUCGAUGGAGGAAGAUAUGAAGUUUCUCAAGGAGAAGGUGGAUGCCGGUGCCGACUUUAUUAUCACACAAAUCUGCUUUUCACCUGAGUCAAUUUUGCAAUUUGUGCAAAGGUGUCGGGACAACGACAUCAAUGUGCCCAUCAUCAUUGGCAUUAUUGUGCCAGAUAGUAUGCGAGCUUUGCAUUUUGUACUGAAUAUUGUGAAGGCAGUGAUUUCCGAAGAGCAGCUGAGUAAAUACAAGGAAUUAAAGGAUAGCCCGGAGGCGUUCAAAACGUAUGCGGUUGAAAAUGCGCGGCGUACCGUACAAAUGGUGCUGGAUAGUGAUGCAAAUGUUUAUGGGUUUCAAUUCUUUACAAUGAAUCGCUUUGAGAAUGUAAAGCUUGUUGUUCAGCAAAUACUGGAUCAAAAUUUUAUAAAUGUAAGCUGAAUAGAUUACAUAAAUUUUAGUUAAAAUAGCUUGGUUAAGAAAUUUAA